AUGGAUUAAUCAAUUAAUGAUGCUUAGACAUUCCUCAAACAAAAAAUCAAAAUCAAUCCACUUAAAGAUUAAAUGUUGUUAAAUCAAAAGAAUUAUUAAAUUCAAUUAUAAGUUGCUUAAUACUUUAAGAAAUCUGAAACUUAUACCAAAAAAUCAGCUAUUAAAUUAGUAAGUAUGUUUAUAUCUCAUUAAAUUACUCAGCUAAUGAGAACGAUGAUAUAUAAGUCUUUUUCAUUUAUGCAGAAAAUAUACCAGAUCCAAGUAAAAAAUAAGAUUAUGACUCUUUCAAAAUUGAUAUCAUUGAAACUAUGCAUCCACACAUUGAUAGAUUUUUUAAUAUUGUCUUUUUCAAUACUAAUAUGAUGACUGCUUCGAAUCUUAAUGAUUUUAAAGAUUUUUAUGGAACACUUCCUGAAAAAUACUUUUAUCAUAUGAAAAAAUUUAUUGUUCUUCAUGCUAAUUUCAUUGUCAAAAGUGGAGGCAUUUUUGGAAUGAAUGAAAUUAAAUCCUUUUUUAAAAAAAUCACAACUUUUGCUGAUACGUAUCAUAUUAUAACUAAUUAUUAGACUUUUAAUAUUAUCAAAAGAAGAAUGGUUUCGAUAUAAAAUGUUAGCUAUCCUACCAUAAACUAUUAAAUCAUAUGAUUAAUCAUAUAAAGACAUUGAAAAUAAAAGAAAAAAAACUGUUUUCAGAAAAUAACAAACAUAAUAAAUAGUAGAUGAUGAUGAUAUGGAUUCUGAAGAUAAUUUUGAUAAAGAUUCUAAAAUUCUUGGAUUAAAUUUACAUGAAUAUGAAUUAAAUAAAUUUGGAAUUCCUGUUAUUCUAGAUAUGCUUGUUUAAUAUUUUUUAAAAUAACCUGAAAAACUCAAAACUGAAGGAUUAUUUAGAAAAUAAGCUGCUGUUUAUGAAGAAAAAAUAGUUGAAGCAGCAUUAGCUUGUUAAAAAGUAGGAUUUAUUAAUAAAGUUGAAAAUCCACAUACUAUUGCAUGUGUUUUUAAACAGUUUUUUUUUAAAUUGUAAGAACCUUUAGUGAGUUAUUAACUAUAUGAUUGGGUUGUUCAAAAUAAGCCAUAAAUUGAAUAAAAUUUAGAAGUUAGUGUUUAAAUGCUAUUAGAUUAUAUGCCAGAUUUUAAUAGAGAAAUAUUAUUGUUUUCUUUAGGAUUCUUAAAUUAAGUUAUUUAAGAAUAAGAACAUAAUUUAAUGACUGCUUAUAAUAUGGCUGUUGUAUUUGGUCCAAACUUUUUUAGAUCUGAAAUAAUCAAAAUGGCUGAUUUAGGUCAUGUUACGUAAAUGUUUUUAGUAAAUUGUUAGUCUUUUUGUUUAAAUUGUUUAAAUUAUGUUAGAAUCAAAAAAGGAUUAUGAUUAUUAAAGAAUGUUAGAAUAUAGGAGUGAUAAUUUAAAUUUUCAUGCUUCUUUAGUUCCCUUUUUGCCAGAUGAUUUAGCAAAUCUAGAUGAUAUUUUAGAUAUGGUCACUGGUAUUUAUUAUUAUACUAAAUUUAUAGAUAAAAAUGUAAUAAAUGAAACUGAGAGAAAAGAAUUAAUGUCAAGAUAUUAAUGA